AUGCGACUAAAGGUCUCACUAGCUCGAGCACCUCGCCAUCUUGACUCGGUCAGUGCUGUUGGAUGGGCAGGAGGAGAAGAAAUGUACUCUUGCGCAGAUGACCACUGCCUUCUGAGGUGGAACCUCACGAACAUGGAAGCCGCCACAGUUGCAGAAAUGCCGAGAAAAGGUGAAAUUCUAUUGUUUGCGGUUUCCGCGGUGCAACGACAUCUAAAUUGCAGUUCACUUUUUCCUACGUCGAUGCAUUGGUCGCCGAAAACGAACAUGCGUGAUGGAAACAGUGAUCUCUUCGCACUUUCCAGUUCUGAUGGCAAGUUUCAACCGUUUUCAAAGGCAAUCUCAUAUCGAAAAACACAUUUUUGCGUAGGAAGGAUUCAUUUCGUCAAUAAAAUGGGAAAGAUUGAAAAAUCAUUCGAUGCGCAUCAGGGAGCAGUACUUCAGACUCGGUGGAGUCCUGAUGGCACAGGCUUAUUGAGUUGUGGAGAAGACGGUGCUGUUAAAUUGUGGUCGCGAAAUGGCAUGCUUCGCUCGGUUAUCGCACAGAUGCCCAGUCCUGUUUAUUGCAUAGCUUUUGAUUCGGCAUCCAACAAUGUUCUGUUUUCGAAUGGUGACCACUGCUUUAUAAAGUCAUUGAAGAUGCAGACGUCUCCUCUAAAGUGGAAGGCACAUGAUGCCCUCGUGUUGUGCUGCGAUUGGUGUCACGUUUCGGAACAUAUUGUCACUGGUGGAGAGGACUGUAAAUUCAAAUGGUCUCAUUCGCUCGAGAAGCUUUCUAGCGGAUCGCUGCUUUCUUUGUGUUGGUUCGAUGACUCUACGCAGCUGGUUGUUGGUAGUGGAAGUGGUCAGGUUAUUCAUGCUCAAAUAGUAGAAAAGUCUGUGGCCUAUGGUAAUUUGGAGGUGAUACAAACAAGAGGAAACAUUCUAGAAGUUCACGAUGUGAAUAUGGAUAUUGCUAAAGAACGUUUGGAAACUCGCGAUAGAGUGAUACAUGCUUCUAUCGCUUAUGAUCAACUUGUAGUUAUCACUACUUCACAAUUGUAUGUUUAUAGCUCGAGAAAUUGGAACACUCCAGCCAUCGUCGAUUUGAGGGACAAAGCCAUCUCAUUGGUUCUUCAGACAAACAAACUUUUCCUUAUAUCUGAUGGCCAAACGCUGUCCAUAUUUAGUUAUGAUGCAAGGACACUGUGUGAAAUAAAAGUCCCUGGCAAUGCAGUUACUCCGAUAAGUGAAAAGACGUUAUCACUUUCAAAUGACACAGUGGCCAUCAGAGAUCGAGGUGAUACGUCUACUGUACGCUUCUUCGACCCGAUUUCGUCAAGACCUCAAGGAGACGGAAACAUUGUACAUGAACGCGAAAUCACGGAAUUGAAGCUGUGUCAGUGUGGUCAGUUAGGUGAGAGAAUUCUCGCGUUUCGUGACAGUGACGCGGCAGUACUGGUUGCUAAGGUAAAAACAUAUGGUGUCGCACAACGAAUUGCUAAGAUUGGUUCUUCUGUGGAACAGCUUCACUUCAAUGAUGUCACAAAUAUGCUAGUCGGAGUGGGCGAUGGAAGAAUCAUUUUGUGGCCUGCUGUCGACAUAGUGUUCAUCGAUCGCUCAUUACUUCAGCGAUCCAUUACGGAGAAAUCCAUAUCUGGACUCGGAAAAUUUCCGACGUUGAAAGGGUUCACCGGAAAUUCAGUCAUACUGCGUCGAUCCGAUGGAUCACUGAUAACCAGCUCGAUUUCACCAUUUGCUUCUUUUCUUCUCAAAUACACUUCGCAAUCGAAAUGGGAUCAAGCAAUUCGACUUUGUCGCCACUUGAAGAAUGAUAGCAUGUGGGCAGUACUUGCUGGACUCUCAACGGCCGCUAGAAAUCUCUACACGGCUGAAAUCGCAUAUGGUGCUCUUGAAGAGGCAGAGAAGGUGGCAGUGCUUGCCGAAGCACGCAAUCACAGCAACAAAGACGUGCGUAAUGCAAAGAUGGUUUUGCUAGCUGGAAAGGUCUCCGAAGCUGAUGCUUUGCUUGAAAAAGGAGGAAGCGUUUUCCAAGCAGUUAUGUUGAACAUAAUAAUGUUACAGUGGUCUAGGUGUGUAGUGUUUGUUAGAAAAUUAUGCAAAACUUUUUGCUGUGAUGGACUACGCAUUUUUAGGGCUAUCGAUUUGGCGGUUAAAUACAAUUCGUAUCUGGAGGUUGUUAUGGGAUAUCGGCAAAGGUACUUGGAAAAGUUAGGACGAAAAGAAACUGACGAGAAAUUUCUUCGCCAUUUAGGAGAGGUACAAAUUAGAAUAUUUCAUACUGAAGAUAGCACAACUAGCAGACCGAAACGUCACUAUGGACAAAAACUGAUUACGUACUCCUGA